GUCCCAUCGCCCGUCGUUCCUCGCGACGCCAUACCCUCCUCAAUCAGGCAGGUUUCGUCGCCAGCGACGUCGCGACCACGCGUAAAGCCGUUUCGCCCGCCCGUUCCCUCCCUUCCCUCGAACCGUCCUGUACCGAGCCCGCCGGGCCACCACCGCCACUACCACCACUAUCAUCACCACCGCCGCCUCCCAGACCCAGGCAGCGCGCGCGCGUAAUAUGACGACGAGGCCGCUGCCGGCCGCCAGCGGAAGCUCGUCGCCGGCGUCAUUCUACACGGCCAAUGCUUCCGACGACGAUGACGACGACGGCACCACCAAGCACGACUCCUCCACUACCACGGCGAGCAGCCCUGCCCAUGCGUCGCCGUGUCCCUACCGCGAGGCCCGCCGCCUGCCGCGCGAGCUCAAGGAGCAUUGCCAGAUCUUUCUCGAGGAACAGCUCUGUACGACGCCGCGUGCCCCCCCUGCCUGCCCGCGCUGUUGUCACGCGCUUUUCGAGCACCUCGUAUCAUUAAGAAAAGAUCACUGCUAACACACAAGGGCUCUGUUCCGUAGACACGUGCGCAAUAAACCUCCUCAACAGCUCUCUGGGGAGCGGCGUGUCGCGACGGGACGCGUCGCAGCAGCAGUCGCGCAAGGCCGCCCCUGUCCCGCCCCCCAGCCACAUCGCGCUCCUCAACACGCUCCUCAUUCAUCCGAUGAACACGACGCGCGCCGAGAAGCUCGACCACCUCGAGAUGCCCGCCCUCGCCCUCGACUACCUGCGCAACCUCCUCGUUGUCGUGGGGCCGGUCCACGCGGGCUUCCGCACCGCCUUUCAGUUUCGACCCCAGCCGCGAUGGGGGGGCCGCCGGCCAGGGUACCACCACCACCACCACCACAAUCACCACGCCGGCGACAAUGCGAGCGACAGUGACAUGUCCGACGGCGAGGGCGGGGACCACGACGACCGCCUGCGUGGGCGCAUGGCCAACGAGGCGAGUGUCUGGUGUCGCGGCCAGGACUUUUGGUCCACGGUGGGCUGGGCGUUCAACACGGCGACGCUGUAUCCGCACCGGUGGCGCUUCUGGAAGGUCUGGCUCGAGUACAUGGUCGACGUUCUCGAGGCGGACUGGGACGAGAGGGAGCGGCUCGACCAAGAAGCGCACUAUGCCAAAGCCGAGUCCGACGGCGACGACGAGCCCCUCACGUCGCGACGGCAAUCCAUCAUCGCAAUGUACAUGGACCAGCAAGAAGGCAGGCAAGCAGGCCUCAAACGGAUAAUCAAGGCCCUCCUGGCCGACGGCGGCAGCUUGUCGACGUCGUCCUUUUCCGAGGUGUUUGAAAAGGAGCACAGGGGCCCCAAGAAGACGUCGAGAAAGCGAAAGCGAGAGCAGGUCCUGGAUUUGGAGAAUGAUAAAUUUGGCGACUACUUUGACGACGACUCCAUCUCGUCGGGCGUCUCGGAGCCGCCGACGCCGCAGAAGCCGCGGGAUGCCAGAAAGGAAGUGUCCUUUGGCUGCUCGCACCCCGGCCUCGCCGACUCGAUCGACCUGCGCCUGCGCCUCUUCAAGCUGCUCUCGGCGGCGACGUACGCGAUCCGCAAGAGCCGUGAGCUGAGCGAGCUCUACACGGAGUUCGCGGCCGCCAUCCAGGUGCUCCCGCUGCAAAUGUUCGCCCUCUUCGUCACGCAGAGGACCAACCCCCUGCUGGACGUGACGCACGUGACGCUGACCAAGGAGCUGUUCCACAUGCUGCUGCCGUCGAACUACAAGAACCCGCGCAGGGUAGACGCGGAGGCGGACGCACGAGGGGCCUUGACGGCGCCCAUGCUGGAGCAGUGCUACAUUGCGCUGCCCGCCAACACGGUUGGGCUCGAGGACAACGCCAAGCUGUCGCUCGUGGUGGAAAACGCGAUCCAGCUGCUCUGGGGCUGCGACAGCCUCGAGUGGUCGCCGGCCCUCGCCGCCGCCGCCGACAAGGGCAUCCGGGCCAGGGAGGCCAAGGCGAAGAAGAAGCGCACCGGCAAGAUGAGGGCGGAUACGGGCGACGCGCUCGCGCAGGAUAUCCUGACGGGCUCCGGGGAAAGGAUCCGCGUGCUGCUGCAAGUGUUGGAGGCGGAGUCAGCCACGGCUUAAAAACUAACAACUUGGGUUGGCACGACCCGACGUCGGACGGGUCGCGGGUGUGCAGCAUCUCGACUUGUUUUUUUCAGUCUUGAUUUUCUUUGGUGUUUUUUUGGGUCCGGAGCACCUGCUGGCUUGGACGAUUCAAUGUCUGAGCCAUGUAUCACGGCUUGAACGAUUCACCAUGACGAGAUGGGACGGGACGGGAAGGGACACGGCGUUUUCUUGGAAGCAUGGGCUGCGAAGGCGUUUACAUGGCAUAUAUAUAGCGGGUGGCGGGCAUAGGUGGUGGGUUAUUUUUUCUUCCCCUUCUACUUUUGCUACAAGUAUGGUACAAGAUUAGAUGAUACAAUCGUGUCCACGACCGCGAUAGGCGCGCAAAUCAACCGG